AUGCACGGUUUUCUGCGAGACGGCGCGCUCUCUUCCAUCUGCGCAGCUGCGGAGGCGGCGCUGCUGCGGCGGGUGUGGCGCGAGUGGCACAACGGUGCCGCCGACCGGGUGGAGAAGGCAAAGCGCGCGCACUUGCAGCGGAUGACGCCGUACCAGAAGAUGCUCUUCAGCAGGUCGGUCGCGGUAUAUUACGAGCGUCUUGCGCGCUCGAGGCGGGAGCAGGAGCGGCGUGGACGGCUCUCGGGCGCGGAGGCCGCCCAGGCGGACGCGCGGCGGAAGCGGCGCCUGCGCAGGACCAUUGCGGAGCACGGCAACAUCGUCAAUCGCAACAUUCUUGCGGUGAUGCUCAGCCAGACGCCGCGGGCACACGGCGAGGACUGGGACGGGGUGGUGUCGCCGGAGCGCAGCCGCGAUUUGACGCUGGGGAACCGCAAUUCAAAGCGGUGCGCAAACCGCUCGCGGCAAAAGUUUCUGUUGUCCGGCUUCCAGAGUGAGUUGACCAACAACAGCGGCAACGGCAGCUCGACCUUUUACCGCUACGGCAGCCGCAGUGAACGCCUGCUAGCGAUUGAGCGGGACUUUGACCGGCUGCCGUCGGAUGCACGAGUGCGUGUCUUUCGGACGCUGAAGAAGUGGGACAUGCUGCCCGGCUCGCCGCCGCGUGAGUCGUCGAAGGGCGGCACCACACAACUCCACAGCCGCCGUGAGAGCGCCGAGCAGGUGUCGCGGCGCCUCGACGCUCUCGACACGUUCGCGGGGGCGGAGGAGGACACGCAGACGACGUGGUGGGAGAGUGAGGCGGAGCUGCGGCAGUACUUGGCCCGUGUGCUGGUCGACGCCUUUGGCGCGGAGGAUGCGGCGCAGAAGCAGCGGCAGUAG